AUGAAGAUCUCUUUCUCUUCUGUUCUCUUUGUACUCAUGGUUGUUUUCAUCAUUUCUUCUUCAGGAAACAAGAAAAUGGUUGGAGAAGCAAAGGAUUGUUUUGAUACGUGGACGUGUGAAGGAGGAAGGAGAUGCAGAGAAAAGUGCGCGGCUCUACACAAAGGGACUGGAUGGUGUACUCUCCCUUCUCCUUAUGUUCCUGCCCAAUGUAAUUGCUAUUAUACUUGCUAA